AUGGCUUCCGCGUUCAGCUUUACGGGCGCGACAAGCGAGGCGCUGGCCAAGCAUGAGAUUCUGAAGGAUGUCCUGAAAGACGGCGAGUUCAAGCCGUGGGGGGUACUGGCGGUGCAGUACUCAAGUGACGCCCCCGUGGCAAUGGGCAACACUCUGGCCGUCGACAAGGCGCAGUCAAAGCCGUCGGUGCAGUUCAACCUUAACCCCGAGCGGGGUGCUCCGCGGAUCACCGACAGCGACCUGUUCACGCUGGUGGUGACCGACCCGGACGCGCCGUCGAGAACGGACAAGAAGUGGUCGGAGUACUGUCACUACGUGGAGGCGGAUAUAAGAAUCCUCGACAGGUCGCAGACCGCGGGGACGGGCCAUGUGGAACCGCAGUUUGUGUGCGCCGCGGUCGGGAACGGCACGGUGUUGCAGCCGUACAUGGGGCCGGCGCCCCCUAGGGGCACCGGCAAGCACCGGUACGUGUUUCUGCUGCUGAAGCAGCCGCAGGGCGCAACAAGCAGCCAGUUCACCCGGAUCGCGGACCGCCCCAACUGGGGGUACGGGACGCCCGCCACGGGCGUCCACAGGUGGGCGAGCGAGAACGGGCUGCAGCCCAUCGCUGCGAACUUCUUCUUUGCAGAGCACAAAUGA